UUUGCAUAUGUAUAAUGGGAGGUUGUACUUUUUGCCUUUCAAUGGGGAGGCGAAGGGAAGAAGAGAGGAAAAAAAUAAAUUAACAGAUAAAAAAAAUAAAAGAAGUCCUGGGUUUUACAGAAUAUUAAAGAGCUAAAGGUGGUAAGGAUCAUCAGUUAGAUGAAAAAGGAGUUAACUGACUGAAAGAAAAAAUUCUAGCUUUUAGAGUUUUUAGACACUAGAAAAUCACUCACAUUUGUUUCUUACUACUUUCUGACUUGAUAACCUGGACAAUAUAUACAGGUUGUGUGUGUUUGGAACCCUAAGAUUGGAUGUACAAAAAGAUCUUAGUACCUUACAGAAUGACCAAGGAUUCAGAAGUAAAGAAAAACCAAUGAGAAACUAGGAAAGGAAAUUAGUGUUUGGCCUCCCUUUAGCUGACUCUAUAAUAAACUUUAUAUAGGAUUCACCUGUAGGACCUCUAGGUUAAACCUAAGCUAACCACAGGAAAAAGGCUAAAAAUGCAGGAACUCAUUGCUGGGUUGGAGAAAAUCUCCUUUGAUCUUGAGGAUGAUGUGGAGAACCAAAGAGGUACUGGGUUCCUGCCCUUCCCAGGAAUGGACAAAUCGGGGGUGGCUGUAUGUACCUUCUUUCUCAAAGGCCUCUGUGAGAAAGGCAAGCUCUGUCCCUUCCGGCAUGAUGAUGGGGAAAAGACAGUAGUAUGUAAACACUGGCUGCGGGGACUUUGUAAGAAGAGCGACUGCUGCAAAUUUCUGCACCAAUAUGACGUCACCAAGAUGCCCGAGUGUUAUUUCUACUCCAAAUUUGGGGAAUGCAGCAAUAAAGAAUGCCUUUUCCUUCAUACUGACUCCGCCUCUAAGAUCCGUGAUUGUCCCUGGUAUGAUCAAGGUUUCUGCAAGUAUGGUCCUUUGUGUAAAUUCCAUCAUGUAAGAAGAGUGCUGUGUGUCAACUACUUAGUUGGCUUCUGUCCAGAGGGACCUGGUUGCAGAUUUACACAGUAUGUACUUCCUUGAACCAUUGCUCACCCCAGAGAGCUAGAUUAGACCCUUCAUUGAUUCGUCAUUCCUAAUCCCUAAAGGGCAGAGGCAUAUGUGUCCCUAAUAGCUCAUAAUAGAAGGUCUUAUGCCCAGUGUCUAGGUCCCUCCAAAUUUUUCACUCUUCCAAAAUAGCCAUACUACUGAUACACUAUACACUCCUAUUAUAAGGAGUUUUCUUGUUAUAACGUAUCCCUUGCUUUAACAAAAGUCUUCAUCAGCAGGAGAAAAAGUUCAACAUAUGCUUGACCUGGGGAGAAAUCUUUUCCCUCCAAGGUUUGAAAUCUUCUUCCAAAUUUCUCACUCUUC